GAAAUCACGUGACAGGGGCGAGCGGGAGGAGGGAAAAGAGAGCGGCAGAGGUUCCUCGCCUUCAGUCGCUUCGGACGGAGCCGGAGAGAAGGUGGCUUUGGUUUAGCUGUCCCUUUGGGAGCGGAAGAGAGGCGAUAAAUACUCGCAGGCGAGGAAAGGGAUGCACUGAUGUAAUGGAGACUGACUACAAUCCCAUGGACCUAUCGAAUAGCACAGGCAUUGAAGAUCAUUCAGAAUUCAAGGAAUUUGAAGGAACGGAUGUGAAAGACAUGAGAUUAGAAGCAGAAGCCGUUGUGAAUGAUGUCUUGUUUGCUGUUGGCAAUAUGUUUGUCUCUAAAAGCCUCCCAUGUGCAGAAGAUGUGGCAUACAUCAAUGUGGAAACUAGAGAAAGGAACAGAUAUUGCCUGGAGCUCACGGAAGCAGGACUCAGGGUAGUUGGCUAUGCUUUUGACCAGGUGGAUGAUAAUGUACAGAAUCCCUACCAUGAAACUGUCUACUCUUUGUUGGACUCCGUCAGCCCAGCCUAUCGAGAAGCUUUUGGGAAUGCACUGCUACAAAGACUAGAAGCUUUGAAAAGGGAUGGGCAGUCAUGAUGGAAUUUGCCAUCAAAACAGGAUUUAGCAAAAUGUUGCUGCUGGUCAGAGUUCUGAAUAGGUUGUACUGAAAUCCAAUGAUAACAGAACUAAUUUCCUUAAGUUGCAUUCUUUGCUUUUCAGUGUUCCUUGCACCAUGAUUUUUAGUGGCAACAACUUAUAAAGUAUAAUAUCAUUUAUACUAUUGUUCUGAGUAAAUUACCCAAUCUCCUGUCCAAUAACUUAGUGAAAUACAUGCAGUUACUGUUCUUGGUUCUUCAUUUCUUCAGAUAAGUAAAAGUGACUGUACAGUUCUAAUCUCUGAUAUUGACCUAAUACUUAAUGUCAAGGGAACUACAGCUGGUGUUACAUUAACUUCUUAGAUACAGUAUCUACUAAGAAUUUACACAGUGUGUUUCAAGACUAACUCAGUUUUAUUGAAACCAUGUAUUAUUUGCCAUAGCUAAACUUAAUUUUAUGAAAUCAUUGAAAAUAUAUAUGUUUAAGUUCAGCAUCUUGUGCAUGGAGUUAGGAAUCUUGUUAAUUCACUAGGGAAGUGUGAUAAUUCACACUGUUAAAUAAAGACACAACUUGGUACAUGUUCCGCAAACAUGUUAAACCCAAUACUUCUCAGUAACUGAAUAGUGGAGUUCAGUGUUUGUACCCUGUGGGUAGUAAGCCUCAGAUGUUAAACAAAAGAUGAACUGUAGGCAUAAUGAAUGUAUUCAUCAAUUGAAAUACAAAUGGGAUAAGCACAAAGAUGAGGAAAUGAAAAGCCACAUUCUUCAUGAAAGCCCCAUCCCGAAUUGCUUUUGCUAAAACUAUUGUUUCAUAAAGAGAGCUAUUUACGGUUGUUUUGAAUGUCUACAUAAUGUACAGUAUAUCUAAAAAGUAUUUUUGAUUCUGUUUGCUAUAGUAAGUAUUUCUGUAAUCUCCUAUAUUCUUCCAGUCAUCUUAACCAUGCUGUGUCCUUUUCUAGUGUGUGGUAUUGGUUUAAAACCAAAGACUGAAACUGAUAACUUGGACUGGAUCUAAAAAUGGAUUGUGUUAUAUAUGAGCUUGUUAACUUCCAGUGCUGCUGUUCAUCUUUGAAUAUAUUCUGCUAGAGGGAAACACGUUUUCAAAACGGAGCUAUAUAUUCGCUGUAAGGACCACCUAAUGAUAUGUUUUCCUACAUAAUAGUAACUGAUAUCUUAUAAAGUGAAUGAACUUAACAGAAUCUUCAGAUAGGUGUAAAUAUACAUAUCAUACACCUGAUGCUACUUGAGUAGUAUUUUAUCCUAAUAGAGAAUCUGAUGCAAAACUGAAGGAGCAGUUAGCUUAGCUGAAACAUUUAUUAUAGCUUUGUCUUAGUUUUGCUAUAAUUAUGGCUGAGAUAACGUGAAGUACAACCACCUCGUUUGAAGAAGUGAAUGUUUUCGCACCUUCUUAGAAGCAGAAAUGUUCCACAUUUUCCGCUAUCCAUCUGCCUUUUAAAUCCUUCUGUAAAAAGAAUCUGAAAUGCACAGAGAAAUUUGGGUAAAUAUGUAUUCAUAAUUUGGAUUUGUGUCAUGGAAGUUAUACCUCAGUGAGAAAAAUUUUUCCUCCGCCCCAUUGUAUCUCCUUGUGAAUAAUAUAGCCAUAUUUACUGAAUACUUAAAUAAAGGAAUUUUAAAAAC